AACAUCUUGUCAGACCAGUAUUUUUCUCACCAUAUCCAAACAGCUCAGGUGGAUGAGGCUCCGCCCCCAACACAUUCCGCUGGAGCGCUUCCCAUAGCGCACGCACCUCAGCAUGUUCUCGAAGAAUGGAAAGUUCAACAGCACAACACUAUGAUCUUUACGGCUACACCACAGUGGGUGCUUCUUUUGGCAUUUGUUGGGCAAAUCCAAGGCCAAGCACUACGUUUUACCAUCCGAGAGGAGCAAGAAGUGGGCAUCAAGAUUGGAAGUCUAAGCACAAACUACUCGGCUCCAUAUCAGCUCCUCAAUGAGAAGUACAUCUGGGUGAAUGAGAGCACAGGAGACCUGUUCACUACAGAACGCAUAGACCGAGAGAUAUUGUGUCCUUCAGAGACCCCUGGCAACUGUGAUAUUUCAUUUUAUGCACUCGUGAGUCCUGAAUCUGAAGUAGUAAAGAUAGUCGUCACGGUAGAAGAUAUUAAUGACAACGUUCCUUACUUUCAACAAAGUGAGAUUUACUUAAGCAUACCUGAAGAUGCACCCAUUGGGAGUGCUUUCCCACUGGAUGAUCAAGCACAGGAUGAAGACGCUGGUAACAAUGGAAUGAUACUUUACCAUUUAGAAAGCUCUGGUGGAUUUUUUGGCAUCACACGAGAUGGUGAUCAACUUCAGUUGAUGGUAGAAAAGGAUCUAGACCGUGAAACGUUAGAAAAUCAUUCCUUGAUUCUUGUUGCUAUAGAUGAAGGCUUAGUACCACUUAGCGCUACAGCUAAUCUCACGGUCACUGUAACCGAUGUUAAUGACAAUUGUCCAGAGUUUGACUCUGAUAGCCCUGGCACUGCCACUGUGCCAGUAUUAGGAAUUAAGGGCUCACCGGUGGCACAGCUUAAAGCCAAGGACAAAGACGCAGGCCAAAAUGGCCAGAUCACAUUCUCUUUUAGCCCUCAGAUUUCAGACAGGGCCAAAACACUCUUUCACAUGGAGAGUCACACAGGCCUGAUCAGCUUAGCUGUUGAUGUGAGGCUUGACAGUCCUGAGGAGCACAUGUUGAAAGUUGUGGCCAAUAGCCCGCUUUGCUCCCCUGUGCAAGCUCAUUUAGCUGUAUACAUUGAGCCCGUGGCUCACCUAGAGCCGGCCAUAAAGAUCAAGUUUGUCGCAGAUCAUAAAAACCAAGUGGUCAUGUUACCGGAGAGUAAGAACUCCACUGUCUUGGCGCUUUUGGAGCUGAAAGACACCCCUGCUGGAAAAAGCUUUUUGUCCUUAGAAGAGGAUAGCACAAUAUUUUCUUUAAAAGCACAAGCAGGCGGCUAUUUACUUAAAACAUCAAAACCUCUUGACUACGAGACUUGCAGCGAAUAUGAUAUUACCAUUGUUAUCGUUGAUGCUCAAAGCACACACUUGCUUGGAAGAGAAGUGAUCAAAGUGGUGGUUGAAGAUGUAAAUGAUAAUGCUCCAAAAUUUGAACAAGCUCGCUAUGAAACCACAAUCAUGGAGAACAACGAUCCUGGGUUUUUUCUGUGUAAAGUAACAGCUACUGACGCAGACAGCGGUGAGUUUGGCAAAGUCAGGUACUCCCUUUUAAACACGGGCCCUUUCAGAAUUAAUGAAGAAUCAGGUGUGAUAACAGUUUUCAAGUCUUUAGAUAGAGAACAGGAGGAAAAACAUAGGCUAACCGUGCAUGCCUGGGACGGAGGCGUUCCUCCUCAAGAGGACUUUGCUACACUGUGCGUAACCGUAUUAGACAUGAAUGACAAUCCUCCUACUUUUCCAACCCCUCACUUCUCUUUUUUUGUGUCCGAGAGUAUUUUACAGCUUUCCAAAGUUGGGAACGUCCCAGUAAGUGAUGCUGAUAAAGGAGACAACGGAAGAGUAGUGAAUGUGCAUAUCUUAAAUGACAAUGUCCCUUUUGCUAUAGAUAUUUUUCAGGGAUGUCUUCGUAGUACAGCUGAAGUUGACCGUGAAAUUCAAGGCCGCUACGAGCUACUGGUUGUUGCCAUUGAUGGUGGAAGUCCUUCCCUUUCCACCACUGUGCGAAUAACGGUUUUUGUGGAGGAUGUCAAUGAUAAUCGACCCCGGGUCAUCCUUCCAAGCAGCAAUCUCUCGUGUCUGACCAUUACUCCAUCCACCAGAGCAGGGAGCUUGGUGACAAAGAUCUACGCCAUCGAUGAGGACUCAGGAAUGAACUCGGACAUCACUUACCAGAUUGUUGCGAGCCUACCUGCUCACCACAGUCCCUUCCAGAUUGACAAAUGGUCCGGGAACAUCAGCCUGGGCCAGAGCCUGCGAGGUGAGGACUACGGCAUGCACCACCUUUUCAUAGUUGUGUGUGAUGGAGGAAAGCCAGAUCCACUGCAGACUGGAGUCUGGGUCAACCUGCUUGUCAACGAGAGUUUGGGAAAAUGUCAUGUGAAGGACGUUCCAAAAUACUUGCUGGCGACGCUUCCCCCUUCAGCACUGUCCUCGAACAGAGACUGCAGAUGUGAAUCAAAUGGCUGGCUUUUGUUUCUGUGUGCUUUGGGCCUAAUACUUCUCUCAGUCUGUGUUCUUCUGGCGGCUGUAGGGGUGUUUAUUAAACACAGAGGCACAAGAAGAAAAGUAGACAAGAAGAGUGCUUGGGUAAACCGGCAUGAACUGAAACCUUUAAACCAAAAGAACCAGAUAUACAGUAUAUCCUCAAAAAACAAAAAAACACAAAUAAAUGAACUGCUUACAUAGCCAUUUGUUGUUAAUCACUUCAUUUUUCUCAGGUGAAGCUUCAGCCUUUAACUUGUGAAAGACUGAUGUAUCGCCAGUCUUACUGUAUAGUGCACAUUAACUGAUGUAAAACAUGAAUUGUGCAAAUUGGCUUUAAGGCCAGCUUUGUAUUGCAACUGCGUUGUGAUGUUAUUAGUAUUAAUAGCCUACUGAUUACAAUGCCUGCUCAUCUUUAUCUGCCAUUGUGUAAAACCUGUUCAGGUAUUGUUUUCUCAAGAAGAAAUAAUGUUGGUCAUGCUAUCAAAGUCUGAAAAACUUUGGAAAAGGGACAGUUCUGUAAAUAAAGAUCUUUUAGAGCCAUACAUAUUUUAUACUGUGGUAAAAUCCAAAUUCCAAUCUAAAGUCAUGUACAGUGUACAAGUGCAAACUUUGCAUGGAGUUUGAAACCCACAGAAAACUACAUUCUCACAUUUCAAUGAAACCAUAUUACAUUUCAGUGCCAUCUCAUGUA